CAGAUCGUACACGCAGCAGCGGCCAAAGGCAGUCUCCGGCUCCGGCGCUCGGUCCAGUUCGCCUACCGCCGUCGCUCGGUUAAGUACGUAACCGUCAGUGCCGGUGACGUCGCGACGCACGUCGUUUCGUGUCAUUACGUAUCCGCGUAUCCAUCAGUGACGUUUUACUGCCUCGCGGGACUGAACCACGCGGGUGAUGCAUGGUCCGUAACGCGUGAUAACCUCCGGACAUCUCGCCCCCAGAAUUCAUGAUCGAUGGAAGGGUAACAAAACUCUUUCCCGUCGCGAGCGUCAAGUUCGUUGAACCGGUAACUUGGAAACGAAGGAAAAGGUGCGAGGAAACGACGGGGUGAAGGAUCUCUCCACGAAAGAGUAGUGAUAGCCGCCGGAAUCGAGUCCGUAGAUCGACAUCAACCUGGCCCAAAAAGUGGCGUAAAUUCCUGCGGGAGGACAAAGAGAAAAGGAAGGAGCAAAUAAGAGAGAGCGAAAGAGAGAGAGAGAGAGGAAGAGAGGGGCUCCAGGCAGCGGCGGUGGAGGCUACGACGGAGGGCGCAGGGGAAGACGGCGGGGUGAACCGGAACCGGAAAUGGCUGCGAGGUGGCUGCUACUGCUGCUGGCGCUCCUCGCCGCCCACGCCGCGGCUCUUCCUGAUUUCAUUAGGAUAGGCGGGCUGUUUCAUCCGUCGGACGACAAGCAGGAAGUGGCCUUUCGCUACGCCGCGGAGAAGAUCAACGCCAACCGAGACAUCCUACCCAAGUCUCGCCUCAGCGCCCAGGUCGAGGUGAUACAGCCACAGGAUAGUUUCCACGCCUCGAAACGAGUGUGCCACCUACUGCGAGGCGGCGUGGCGGCGAUUUUUGGACCGCAGAGCGCGCACACGGCAUCUCACGUGCAGAGCAUUUGCGACACCAUGGAAAUUCCGCACUUGGAGACACGCUGGGACUACCGGCUUAGACGGCAGAGCUGCCUCGUCAACCUCUAUCCGCAUCCCACCACUUUGUCCAAGGCGUACGUCGAUCUGGUGAAGGCCUGGGGCUGGAAGAGUUUCACCAUUAUCUACGAGAACAACGAGGGGCUCGUGCGAUUGCAGGAACUUCUGAAAGCGCACGGACCCAGCGAAUUUCCCAUUACGGUUAGACAGCUGAGCGAGGGAUCAGAGUAUCGGCCGUUGCUAAAACAAAUCAAGAAUUCUGCGGAGUCGCAUAUCGUGCUCGACUGUUCCACCGAGAGGAUCUACGACGUGCUGAAACAAGCGCAACAGAUUGGAAUGAUGAGCGACUAUCACAGCUACCUUAUCACGUCACUGGACUUGCAUACCGUCGACUUAGAAGAAUUCAAGCACGGCGGGACCAAUAUCACUGCCUUUCGAUUAGUGGACCCGGAGAAGCCGGAAAUCCAGAAGGUAAUUCAGGACUGGAUCUACGGUGAGAAGCGCUACAAUCGCGAGCUCGACAUGGGACAGAACAGUAACAAGAAUAAUCUCACUACCAUAAAGACUGAAACGUCGUUGCUGUACGAUGCCGUCCAUCUCUUCGCCAAGGCAUUACACGAUCUCGACACGUCCCAACAGAUCGAUAUCAAGCCGUUAUCCUGCGAAUCAACGGACACCUGGCCUCACGGAUACUCGCUCAUCAACUACAUGAAGAUCGUAGAGAUGACGGGGCUCACGGGUAUUAUCAAGUUCGAUCAUCAGGGAUUUCGCUCCGACUUCGUUCUAGACAUCAUCGAGCUGAAUAACAAAGAAGGCUUGAAGAAAAUCGGUACUUGGAACAGUACCAAAGGUAUCAACUUCACGAGGAGCUACGGCGACGUUUACACUCAAAUUGUUGAAAACUUACAGAAUAAGACUUUCAUCGUGACGACUAUAUUGAGCGCGCCGUACUGUAUGCGGAAGGACUCGAGCGAGAAGCUCACCGGAAAUGCGCAAUUCGAAGGCUACAGCAUCGACUUGAUUUACGAGAUAUCGCGGCUGCUUGGAUUCAAUUAUACGUUCCGGCUUGUGCCGGACGGACGUUACGGCUCGUACAACGCGCAGACGAAGGAAUGGGACGGGAUGAUGAAGGAGCUGCUCGAGCAAAAGGCCGAUCUCGCGAUCGGUGAUCUCACCAUCACGUACGAUCGGGAACAGGUUGUGGACUUCACGACGCCGUUCAUGCCUUUAGGGAUCAGCAUACUUUACCGCAAACCCAUAAAGCAACCGCCGAAUUUGUUCUCGUUCCUCAGCCCUCUUAGCCUCGACGUUUGGAUCUACAUGGCAACGGCUUAUCUCGGGGUCUCCGUGCUCCUCUUUAUACUAGCCAGAUUCACGCCAUACGAAUGGUACAACCCGCAUCCGUGCAACAAAAAUCCGGAUCGUCUGGAGAAUCGCUUCAAGCUACUUAACUGUUUGUGGUUCACCAUUGGCUCCCUAAUGCGGCAGGGUUGUGAUAUUCUGCCAAAGUUCAGCCCCUACGAGUGGGAGAACCCCCAUCCGUGCAACGGGCAGUCCGAGGUCCUUGAGAACGAGUUCACCCUACUGAACUCGCUCUGGUUCACCAUAGGCUCGCUCAUGCAGCAAGGCUCCGAUAUAGCGCCGAAGGCCGUGUCGACUCGCAUGGUCGCCGGUAUGUGGUGGUUCUUCACGCUGAUCAUGAUCUCCUCUUAUACGGCUAAUCUCGCGGCUUUUCUCACCGUCGAGAGGAUGGAUUCCCCGAUCGAGAGCGCCGAGGAUCUCGCUAAGCAGACGAAGAUCAAAUACGGUGCUCUCAAAGGCGGCAGCACGGCGAGCUUCUUCAAGGAUUCCAAUUUCUCGACGUACCAACGCAUGUGGUCCUUCAUGGACUCGGCGAAGCCGUCGGUAUUUACGGGGAGCAACGUCGAGGGCGUGGAUCGAGUGAUCAAGGGGAAAGGCAGUUACGCAUUCCUGAUGGAAUCCACCUCCAUCGAAUACGUAAUUGAGAGGAACUGCGACCUCACUCAAGUCGGCGGUCUCUUGGACUCCAAGGGAUACGGCAUCGCCAUGCCGCCAAACUCGCCGUACAGAACGGCCAUAAGCGGGGCCAUCCUGAAGCUCCAGGAGGAAGGGAAGCUACACAUGCUGAAAACGCGCUGGUGGAAGGAGAAGCGAGGCGGCGGAUCCUGCAGGGACGACACCUCGAAGAGCAGCUCGGCGGCGAACGAGCUCGGCCUGGCGAACGUCGGCGGUGUCUUCGUGGUGCUGAUGGGCGGCAUGGGGGUCGCAUGCGUGAUCGCGGUCUGCGAGUUCGUGUGGAAGAGCCGGAAAGUGGCCAUCGAGGAGCGGAAGCAGAAAUCCUCGGGGAAACCGAUCUGCGAAGGUUUUACUGAUCUGCACUAGCGACGGUACGCGCUGCGCUGCGAAUAAACAGAUUCUUAAACUCAAGCCGUACCUCAAAAGCGUAUCCGAUCCGAGUUCAGUGGACCUAAGGAAGAACUCCAUCACACGGGAGAUCGGAAAAAACUGUAUAAAGAUCGUAAAAUUAUAGGGACAAACGAAAAUAAUCGGACAAGAAAAAAGCAACGAGCCUUGACCUUUCCAAUUUUCCUUCCAAAAUUCUAUCAAGUAUAUCAUUCAAUUUAACGAAACAAUUUGGGAAAUACAGAAAUAUUUCUCCUCAAGUUACGGUGCUCACAAAAGUAUAACUUAUUCAAUAUUUUGAAUAAAUUUCUAUUCAUGCGAACAAACUAUUAAAAUUCGAUUAAUAACA